GGCAAGGCGGGACCCUUGCCUUUCUCCACAUGUCUAGGUGACAGUAAAGUGGUGCCAGUCUGAAAGAUGAGAAGGGGGACAGGAGAAAAAGUCAACUCUCCUGACGGCACGCCUUUCCCCGCUUCAGAGGAUGAUCCGACGGGAAAGAGGAAGCACGAAAGGCGGGUCCUUCGAGCUUUUGCAAGCCCACAGCAGACUCGAUGCACCUUCCUCUUUGUUGUUGUGACCCUGAUCUGCACCUAUCUGAUAAUUCUAGGGUCCGAACGCUUUGGAGCACAAGUCACUUCCAAGGAAGGGGUAUUGGCACAAAGUCUGGUUCAGCAGGCAGAUGGUGAUGGCUCUGGUGGUAAGGUUGCUAGUGCUGGAAUAACUGGCGGACUUGGAAGGAAAGGACAUGUGAGCCGAGGCCUUGCAACUAGUCGCCGGUGGCUUGAUAUCUUCAAAACCUCCAAGAAUCCAAGAUUGGACACACCAUAUGGCAACCUGCGAGUCUUCAUUUACGACAACUUGAAGCUGCCUGAAUCAGACCAGAAGAUACGGCUGGUCGAUGAACGACUGGACCAGAGAGCACAGACAGGCGGUCUCAUUGCAGAGCUUAUACGCAAGUCCAAUGUGUACACAGGUUAUGCUCAGCUGGCAGACUAUUAUCUUGUUCCGGUACCAGAUCCCAGCAUUGAGGAACAUAUAGAAGGCCAGGAUCCCUUCACCCCAUUUGCUGCAUUCAUUGAGGAUCUGUCCACUAAGUUUCCCUUCUGGAACCGGACUGGAGGGAGAGACCACAUAUUCCUGAUAUCCGAGAGUAGCCGUGCACGGCUCCAGGACGACGAUCUUCUUCGCAUCAGAAAGUCAAUCUUCCUGCUGCCCCCUGUUCCGCGAAGCGAAUCCCGCUUCGACACCUGGAAGGACAUUGUCGUGCCUCCCAGCAAUGGAGCGUCGUCGGACAAAUCUAUGGCUCGACAACGGUCCAUCUUCGAGGUUGCGCCCACCAGGCCGCACCUGCUCUUCUUCGAAACCACCGCUAACGGAACUGACGGCUCCCCCCUCAUCCAACGGCUGUCCGAAACCCCUCACCUUCCGGACACGCUCCUGCCGUCUGAUCCGCUGACGUGUCACGGCUCCUGCGCUCUGCAACGGGUGUUCGAGAGCAAGUUCUGUCUCUGCAAUGGGCGGGAGUUUAACAGGCUGUUCUUCGGUGCGAUCGGCGAGGGGUGCAUACCAGUGCUGCUUGGGGACGCACCGGAGCUGCCCUUUGAGGCUUUUCUCGACUACGCAGAUUUUACUGUGAAAGUCGAAGCUGACAUUAGCAGAGAGGGUCUGAUCGACAUUCUUUCAACGGUUGCGAAACAUGCCAUCGAUCGAAAGCAAGCGGCGCUGAGCGCUGCUGCUCAUUCGUUCCGGUACGACAGUGACAGUUGGAUAGAAAAAGGUGCAUUUGAUCUUGUGUUGAGGGAGCUCGGAAGACGGAAAAGAUUUUUUCGCAAUUCGUCGGAACGCUUCUGGACAAAGGCUCUGCCGUUGGGUUGA